AUUAAAGAGCCGAUAUUUUCUCUUCUCAGAACCCUAACUAAGCCAAGCACCGCCAUCUUCUUCUCUAUAUCCAUGGAACGUACGGAGCUUUUUAUUGAGGAGAACAACGAUCUGCCUCGUCCACCGCCGGAUCUUGGUGUUGAGGAGAACAACGAUCUUGUAGUUCUAUAUGAUUUGGAAAAAUCAGAAUCUCUCUACAUGGGAUUCUCUAAGGUAGCUUAUGAUAUAAACAACAAGCUGGAUAAGCUUGUCUCGUUGAUUGCAGGCGGGAAUUUGCUUUCCUCUCCUUCGCACGAGCCACCAACUGAUGAAAUUGGCAAUCUGGAGCUGCUCAAGAUUCUUUGGAAGGUGAGUGGGAAGGUUGACGUGCUAAUGCACAUGUUGGGCAAGUAGUGAGAGCAUAACUCUAAAUCCAAUUCAGUUCCAAAGCCCUGUUAUUCCUUUAAACUCUUAUUCCAUUAUUUCACCCUUCCAAAGAAUCUCAAGCUGUGAAAUUUCCUCUAUGCUGACAAAA